AUGAAAACUGUAUCGUAAUGGGUAUCAUUAUGCAACGGGUUUUAGCCAUCAGACAUCAUGACAGAAUUAUUGAAUGGGAGUAGAAAAACAGCUAUUCAAUAUUUCGUUUUGACAGUCUUUUGCCCUGCUUUUCUCUGAUUUGUUCCCUCUCUGUCACUCUCUCACACCGUCCUUUUUCUCUUCGCGGCGUUUCUUCGUCCUCCUCUGAUCGCACGGAGUGUUUUGUGCAGGGCGGCGACGCACGGGCGAAGAGGGGUGCUGUGGCUGAUGGUGUACCACGGCGGCGCGAGCGUGGACGCGCGCUGCCGCCGCAUGCAGACGCCGCUUCACCGCGCCGCCGCCCACGCGCAUGCGCACUGCGCGGAGACGCUGCUGGGCGCCGGCGCCGCCGUGCUGGCCAGGGACUGCGAGGGCGCCACGCCGCUGCACCUGGCCGCCGCCGCCACCCGCGCCUCAACACUCGUGCGCACGCUGCUGCAGCGGGGCGCAGACCUCGACGCCCAGGACUACAGCGGACGGCGACCUGUGCACUACGCUGCGGAGAGUGGCAACUGCAAGACCAUUCGGCUGCUGGCGGAAGACUAUUCGGUUGACGUCAACGCUCGCACCAGAGACGGCAGGACACCGCUGCACAUCGCCGCUGCGGGCUACAGCGCGAGGUGCGUGGAGGAGCUGGCGCGGCUCGGGGCGGACCUGCACGCGCGCGACCGCCGCCGUAUGACGCCGCUGCACGUGGCCGCUGCGCACGGCCGCGCCGAGGUGCUGCGCGAGCUGCUGCGCCUGGGCGCGCGCACCGACCUGCGCGCGCAGCACGACAUCACGCCGCUCAUGAUCGCCGUGGCGCGACGCGACCAGGAGAGCGGACGAGCGCUCAUCGAGGCAGGAGCAGAUGUGGACGCUUGCAAUGGGAUGGGAUAUUUAGCCUUGCAAGAGCCAAGGCAAUAUUUAUCAGAAUCGGAGCCAGAUGAAGAAUAUGAAUUUUAAGUUUACUCCUGCAGUUGCAUCAACAUUUUCUUUUCUUUUUGUAAAAUUUUCUUUUGACAAGAGCAAUACUAUUUCUUAUUGCUGCUUUUUUUUUAUUACGAAAAAUGUUUCUCAACGUUUCACUCCAAGUAUUAUAUACUUCUUUUUAUUUUAGUAAAAUGUGUAUAUUAUGGAAAUUUGUAGUAUUCUGAAAUUAUUUUUAAAAUAAAUAUUUUACAUUUCGCUUUUUCGUAAAAAAAACUCUACAACUGGAAAACUUGAAUUUUUAAAUUGUAGCACAACACGUCAUUAAAUACGACUCCCUUUGUGCAUGAAAUGUUGCAUAAUUCCAAUUCGAUUCCAAUGUUGCUACUGAGGGAGAAGUUUUCUCUUCAAACGCAAUGGUUCGACAUUCAAAACCAUUCAGAGUGCAUUUUUAGUUGUGGCGUUUUUUUACGAGGUAACGCUUUGCAAAAAAAAAUUAUAAGUCAAUGAAUUUAUAAUUUAUUGUCCAGGAUUCUUCAAUAUCCCAAUUCUAAGACAGACUUUGUUUAGCAAAACAGGAAGCUUCAGUAUGUGGCUAAAUUUUGAAUCUUUUAACUGCCAAUGGAUUGAAAUUAUAUCUUGUAUAUUUUCUUAAUUACCAAAGAUUUUCUUUUAUGUUUCAAUAAAGUGUUAAGGAUUUUUGUCGAUUUGUAAAUUUUCUGUAUUUUUUAUUUUUAAUGUAAAUUUGUAUGUGUAAUUUUUUUAUAUUUUUAAUGUAUUUUACUGAAUAUAAUUUUAUUUUUGUAAGGAAUUGCAAAACAGCAUUUAUACUCUUUUGAUGAAAUAUACC